AUGGCUCGGACCAGGGACUCGCGCUCACCAUCGCCUGCAGGAAGCCAAUACAAUGCGAGACGCCCCCGCAAAGACGAUGACAGGCGCGAUCGGGACCGCCGCGAUGACGGCGGCAGAGACUACCGUCGUCGCUCGCGGUCCAGGACCCCUGCCGACGUGAGAAGCCACCACCACCACGGGAGACGCGACGGGGAGCAUUCUGACAAAUACCACGAGCAGCGCCGAUACCGAGACCGUGACCGUGAUCGCGACUCUUACCGUCGCAGAGAGCGCUCCAUAGAUCGACGAGACGAUGAUUCCUACCGCGGAGGCCGACGAGACAACGACCGCCACAGAGACCGCCGGAGGUCCCGCGACAGAUAUGCCGACCGCGAUCGGUCUCUGGACAGACGGCGACCCCGCGACGGCGACAGGGACCAUCGCCCGAGGCGGGACGACUCUAGAGACCGAGUUCACGCAAGGCGAGAGGGAACCGCUGACUCCCGUCCCCGCAGCAGGCGCGACGACAGCCGCCCGCGCGGUGCGGCGCCUCCAGAGAGUGCCAGCACUCCCGGUAAUGAGGUGAGACAGGCCCUUCUCCAUCAUGGGACUACGCUCGCUAACCCGGAUUUACAGGCUGCUAAGCCCAAGCCCGCCCCAGCCCAGACCGAAGCUGACAAGAAGGCCGAGCGACUCGCCAGGCUGGAGGCAUGGAAGAAGAGCAGAGAGAACAAGGCCAAUAAAGAGAAUGAGGUUAAUCCAAGUCAGACUAGGAAUCUCCUCGCGGAGAUGGACAAGAAGUCCGUGCCGUCCCCGGCCGCCGCUUCGCCAUCUGUGGCCUCGCCCACUGUGGCGUCACCUGCCGUUGCAUCCCCCGGAGCGCUAUCACCUGCCCCGACUCAGACUACCGCGUCAGGAGCUGCAUCCCCGGCCCCUUUUGCGGGUAAGUUUGACCCUAAGGCUAUUGCGAAGAAGUCGGCAGCGUCACACAAGAAUGUCGGUACAAACGGUGUACUGGGUUCUCUCGAGGGCCGUCCUGAGAAGUCGACUGCACCUGUCGCACCAAUCACCAAAGCUUCGGCACUGCCUGCCAACCGCAACUUGAGUGCGUUUGGUUUCAGUAAGGCGACAGCUGACAGCGAGAAGCUUGCGAACAAGCGCAAGCUGGACCUCGACGAGGAGGAGGGAACGAAAAGGAAGCUUACGAAGUUGCCCGCACUUCCCCUCGAGGCUGAUGACACCCCCUAUGCUGAUCAAGACGAGGACGACGAGUCUGAUGGUGGCAACUUCGCCGAGACUGAGGAAGAGGCUGCUGCCGCCGCUCGUGCAGCACACGAACGGCGCGAGAGAGAGCUGCAGGAAGCGCAAGAAGAGGCAAAGCCCGAUGUCGACAUGCAAGACGCCGUACCGCUUCAGACCAACGGCACCGCCGAACAGCCUCAAGCCGAUCAGAUGGAUGUUGAAGAGAAAGACGACGUCGAUCCUUUGGAUGCGUUCAUGGCCGAUUUGACAGAUACCAAGGCCGGACCCACGGCUCCCAAGGCAAGUACAUCAUCAAAGAAGGUCCAAGAGCCAGAGGCGUACUUCAGUGACGAUGACUACGCUUUUAAGGCAGAAGAUGGCAAAGACCCCAACGCUGUUCUGGCCAUGGCAGCGAAGCGCAAGAAGAAGGACAUUCCGACCGUCGACUAUAGCAAGCUCGACCUGCACCCUAUUCGCAAGAAUUUCUGGGUCGAACCAGCGGAGCUUGCUGCCCUGACUGAGGAAGAAGCCAACGAGCUCCGUUUGGAGCUCGACGGCAUCAAAGUCUCUGGCAAGAACAUCCCGAAGCCUGUCCAGAAAUGGGCGCAGUGCGGUCUGACGCGUCGCACUCUUGAUGUUCUCGCAGACAUGGGAUUCGAUAAGCCGACUUCCAUUCAAAUGCAGGCCCUCCCCGUCAUCAUGUCAGGCCGCGAUGUCGUCGGUGUUGCCAAGACUGGAUCGGGUAAAACGCUUGCUUUCCUUCUCCCCAUGUUCCGUCAUAUCAUGGACCAGCCCCCUCUCAAAGACACGGACGGCCCUGUCGGUCUUAUCAUGACACCAACUCGCGAGUUGGCUGUCCAGAUCCAUCGAGACUGCAAACCUUUCUUGAAGGCAAUGGGCCUGCGAGCUGUAUGUGCUUACGGCGGAGCACCCAUCAGAGACCAGAUUGCCGAGCUCAAGCGCGGAGCUGAAAUCGUCGUAUGUACACCCGGCCGUAUGAUUGACCUCCUCGCCGCCAACCAGGGCCGCGUUACGAACUUGCGUCGUGUCACGUACGCUGUGCUUGACGAGGCAGAUCGCAUGUUCGACAUGGGAUUCGAGCCUCAAGUCAUGAAGAUCUUUGCAAACAUUCGACCCGAUCGUCAAACCAUUCUGUUCUCGGCGACGAUGCCACGCAUCAUUGAUUCAUUGACCAAGAAGGUUCUCAAGUCUCCGGUCGAGAUCACGGUCGGAGGUCGUAGUGUUGUCGCAUCAGACAUCACGCAGAUCGUUGAGAUUGUCCCCGAAGACCAAAAGUUCUACCAUCUUCUAGGACUCCUCGGCGAGCUUUACGACAAGGAUGAAGACGCACGUUCCCUUAUUUUCGUUGAACGUCAAGAAAAGGCCGAUGACUUGCUCAAGGAGCUCAUGACCAAGGGCUACCCGUGCAUGUCUAUCCACGGUGGCAAAGACCAAGUUGACAGAGACUCUACAAUCUCGGACUUCAAGAAGGGCAUUGUCCCCAUCCUCAUUGCGACAUCGGUCGCCGCUCGAGGUCUGGACGUCAAGCAGCUCAAGUUGGUUGUCAACUUUGACUGUCCGUCCCACUCUGAGGACUACGUCCACCGUUGCGGACGAACAGGGAGAGCAGGCAACAAGGGUACUGCCGUUACUUACAUCACCGAGGAACAGGAGAGUUGCGCGUCUGCUGUGGCCAAAGCACUUGAGCAGAGCGGUCAACCUGUUCCUGAGCGUCUCGAUGAGAUGCGCAAAGCUUGGAAAGAGAAGGUCAAGUCGGGCAAAGCCAAAGACACCUCUGGCUUUGGUGGUAAGGGUUUGGAUCGUCUGGACGCCGAGCGCGAAGCUGCUCGUCUCCGUGAGCGCAAAACUCAUAAGGCCGAGGGUGAAGAUGACGACGUCAAGGAGGAGAAGACCGAGGAGGACAAAGCCAAGAGCUCCGUCACUGAUAUACAGUCCAAGGUGUCAGCCAUUGUGUCCCGCAACACCAGCAAGCCUGAAGGAGAUGCCAAGAGCAAGGACGCACCGGCCGCCACAGGCAAAGGAGGCCAACCCCUCGACAUGGUCAGUGCAGCGAUCAGGAACAUCAACGAGAGACUUGGCAAGGCGGGACAGCUUCGGUCAGGCCAGCCCAUCGACAACAAGGGCCCCGACGCUGGCGCCUAUCACGCCACGCUCGAGAUCAACGACUUCCCGCAAAAGGCCAGAUGGGCCGUCACGAACAGAACCAACGUUGCCAAGAUCUUGGAAGCUACUGGCGUGUCGAUUACGACCAAGGGAACCUUCUAUCCCGCUGGGAAGGAAGUGCCGCCCGGUGCAGAUCCCAAGCUAUACAUUCUCGUUGAGGGUGACACCGAAGUUGUAGUGGGAGCCGCUAUGACCGAGCUCACCCGACUCCUGAGCGAAGGAACUGUGGCCGCGGCUACGGCUGACAGCCGUGCUCCUGCUUCUGGACGUUACAACGUUGUAUAA